AUGUUGUCUGGUAGUGAAAAAUGCCCAUCAAAUGAUCCUGUCUCCUCACUGGUUUAUCACUUAGCAGUUGGAAAAGGGAUGGAUGUCCUCUACGAUCAGGUUUGCUUUCUACUGCCACCAAUGCAACGAUGUGAGACUUCUCCGAAGACGAUGGAAGGCAUAAUACUCGGGAAGAUUGUAUUUAUUCGGCAUUGGCCUCUACUGUACUGCUUUUAUAGUGGUUUAACACCUUGUUUAAUUGAGGGUUUAGCUUCAGUGACACUUCACACACCUCAGAUAUUUGAAUUAUUUAAAUUCAACAGGAAAAUAACAAAGACUUCUUCAAAUUCUGGUCUUAAAAGCAAAAAAAAUUUGGUGGUUAAAAAGAAAAUAAUGACAACAGCCUACAGUUUUUUGGUCUACAAGAUUCUAUUUAUAUUACUUAAAUCUCCCCUGACUAAUGACAGCACAUUGACAUUGCUAAAAAAGUGUGUCAAAGGAUUUGACAAUGAGUUGAAGACAAGAGCUAUUACAGCUACAAACGAUCUAGUGCAAUUUGAAUUCAAAACAAACACCAUAAUUUGGAUUACAUUUAUUUUACUUUUCUCGAAUUCGUCAAGAAACUUCACCCACUUAUUCCCCUUAUUCAGAUAUGGGUUGAGUCGAAUUGAAGGCAUGCUACAGGACUGUUAUGAGGGAUUGCAGGCGGGUAAGUCAUUUGCCCCCUCUGGACAAAAUAAAUUAAACCUACGCUUUUUUUAUAAAGGUUCAAAACCCUCAGGCGGUGGUCUUUUCGACACCGUCAAUCAGUGCUACAUGAAGGAUUUUGGGCAAUACGUAACCUCUGACUAUACUGCACAUCAAAGAGCUAGCAAUAAUUUGGAGACUGACUUUAAAUUCUCAAAAAAAUUACUUCAGGUAGUAGGAAAAAGAAGGUUAAACAUUGAUUUUGGUUUAAACUUGACUAUCUAUAUGGGAGAUAGCCUUGGAAUUGCUGACCAAAAUGUAAUCUUUCUCUUUCUUCCCUGCCAUUUUAACCUUAAAAUUGUCAUCAAGCUUGGAAGCUGGUCUCUUAAAGUUCCUCGAAAUCGAAGUCCAGGCGCUCUUGUCCUUGCCUUUGUUAAUAACCGCGGUUUCAAUGAGACUUAUGUGAAGACAAAUAUCAUCUCAAAUUCUGAUCAAGCAGCAAGCAUAAUUCGCAAACACAAUUCUACAGAGAUGGUAAAUUUAGUAUCCCUAACCAGGGGGCACAAGAAAACUAAAAUAGUUUAUGAAAAUGAACCUGUUGAAGAAUUAUUCCCAUACAACUGA